AUAAUCAGGUAAGAGAGAGUUUCUGUUAAACACGUUCAGAGAGAUUCGUCGACAACAACUUCAAACGCACUCCUCCAACAAAACAAAACAAAUCAAAAAUCAACUCGCCGGAGACGCCGUCGUUUCGACGCCGGUGGUGCUCUGCUCCGUUCUAAAUUUUUCCACCGGAGAUUUAAAAAAAACAACAAAAAAUGAAACGGAAAGGAUUCGGCUUUUCUCUCCCCGUCACGGCGGUGAUCUUGGUGAUCGGUUUCAUCUACUUCUCAACGGUUUUCACCUUCAUCGAUCGCUGGCUCAGCCUCGCCUCCUCUCCCGGAAUCGCCAACGCCGCGGCCUUCACCGCCUUGGCUCUCAUGUGCGUCUACAACUACUCAAUCGCCGUUUUCAGGGAUCCGGGUCGGGUCCCGCCCAGUUACAUGCCGGAUGUUGAAGAUCCGCAGAGUCCCGUCCACGAGAUUAAGCGAAAGGGAGGAGAUUUGAGGUAUUGCCAAAAGUGUUCUCAUUUCAAACCUCCACGAGCUCACCAUUGCCGAGUUUGCAAAAGAUGUGUGCUUAGAAUGGACCACCAUUGUAUUUGGAUCAACAACUGCGUGGGACACACUAACUACAAGGUCUUCUUUGUGUUUGUUGUUUAUGCGAUGUCUGCGUGUGUAUACUCUCUGGUGUUGCUUGUGGGAAGCCUUACUGUUGAACCUCAAGAUGAAGACCAAGAGAUGGGAAGCUAUCUAAGAACUAUAUAUGUUAUUUCAGCUUUUGUUCUUGUUCCUUUGAGCAUUGCGUUAGGUGUUCUUCUCGGUUGGCACAUUUACCUCAGUUUACAAAAUAAAACAACCAUCGAGUACCAUGAAGGGGUGAGAGCUAUGUGGUUAGCAGAGAAAGGUGGACAAGUCUAUAAGCAUCCAUAUGACAUAGGCGCAUAUGAAAACCUAACCUUGAUUUUAGGUCCGAACAUACUUUCUUGGCUCUGCCCUACAUCAAGGCAUAUCGGUUCUGGUCUGCGUUUCCGUACAGCCUUUGAUUCCUCAGCCCCUGUUUCUUCUGAAACAAAACCUUAGCCCAUGAUCCCAACUCCUAUAUUUCCUUUUUUUCCGUCGGAAAGGCAGCAGACUUUCAAACUUAACAGCACUCUGGCUCUCAUCCUAUUCAGGUGUUUUUAACUGCCUCAGCUCAAAAUGAAGACUAGCCCUUAACCAAGACUAGAGACUGGUUUUGACAAGGUUCCCAAUCCCUCAUCAUUAUUUCCCGUUUUUCUUUUUGGAUUCCUCAAAAAAAAGGGCAGAAGGAAGUUAGGAUUGUGGAUACAUACGAAUUAACAAGAAGGUGAAAAACAUCUUUUGUAAGAUUCAUAAUUUCUGAUUAAUACCAAUUAACAAGUUCUGAGUAUGUGUGUAUUUUAUAUAUAGAGAGUUUCAUAGUUUGUAAGCAAGCUCUUUGAUUCUCGGA